UAUUUACAAAGCUGAUCAGUCUUUUUGUAAGGCUUCAAAAUGGGGUUGUGCAAAUGUCCAAAGAGAAGAGUUACGAAUCAGUUUUGUUUCGAGCACCGCGUCAACGUCUGCGAGCAUUGCAUGGUCACGAAUCAUCCCAAGUGUGUAAUUCAGUCGUAUCUUCACUGGCUGAAGGACAGCGACUACAGUCCGGCCUGCACCCUGUGCUCUGGAGCGUUGACGGAUGGGGAUUGCGUCAGGCUGACGUGCUACCACAUCUUUCACUGGGCCUGCGUAGAUGCCUAUGCCAGAAAUCUACCAGCUACAACUGCACCCGCGGGAUACACGUGUCCAGUUUGCGGGAUUGCCAUUUUCCCACAGCCAAAUCUAGUUUCCCCGGUCGCGGACGUCCUCAAGGAGAAACUCGCCGGAGUCAAUUGGGCGAGGGCUGGUCUCGGCUUGCCAUUGUUGAGCGAUGACAGGGAGCAAAAACCGAUCCAGGAACGUAAGGUCUCGGUGACCGAGAUGUCUACCUCUUACCAAAACCACACAGCUACAGCCUUGCCGAGUGUAGCGACCCCUCGGACUAGCAGCAAUAUAAAUUUGAUCAAUUCCGGCGGUAGCAGCAGCAGCAGCAGCAGCAUUCACUCGACAGUGCAGAAAUCUGGACCCCCCUAUUCCGUUGUGAAUGUAGAACCUUCGAUGCCUUUUUCAAAUCAGGCAAGCAAGAAAGUUUUCGAGGCGUACGAUGACCCGAAGGACUUAUCCUAUGACCAUGACGAAAACAAGUAUCAGCGGAAAUCCGCGAUUGAAUGGUUCAUGAGAUGGUGGAAAUUAAUUUCUAGAACUCCGGCACGCAGGCGAGGCUCCUCUGGAUCGUUGUACAAGCGAUAUGUUGUGGUUACCGUACUGUUAGUCCUAGCAUUUGUUGGUAUAAUUAUGUUAUUCUCGUGGCUUGGCAGAAUAGCUACCGAUGGAGACCCUAACUUUGAUGUAAACAGGAACAAUCUAGUGAGAGUUGAAAGGCGACAAGAAUAGAUAUUAUAAGAUAAUAUAAGAGUAACAAUAUUGUGUGAACGUAACAACGAGUCCAUAACAGUAGGCGUACAAUCGUGUUACGAUGGCCGUUAAGAUCGGAAGAACCGAGGUUCACUUAUCUCGUGGUCGUCGAUUUGGACCGAGCAACGUAAAUGAUUAAUUACUGUUCUUACGUUGAUUAUUUUAACGAAAAGUAUAUAAUUUACAUAUAACGAUAAAAAUAAAUUGUAUAUUUCCAUUAA